GUGACUUGUUUGUUUCCGUCGUGACACACGUGGACUGAAAACCGGACAGAAGACACCACUUUACGCCAACAACGGAGGAUUUUAGCAACGUGAAGCAUUAAACUACGAGUCUGUGUGGAUUCAUCCAAGGCCAGGAAAACUGCGAUGAAGAGGAGGGAGAAGAUGAAGAUGGAGAUGGAAAGCAGUAGUGACGAUGAAGACUCUGACGUGGAGAAAAACUUCACUCUGUUCACUCAGAGAGGAGGAGGAGGAGAUGAAGAGCAGCAACAUGGAGAGGAUGAUGAGGAUGAAGGAGAGGAGGAAGAGGAUCAGGAUGAAAGAGAUGAGGAGGAGGAAGAAGGGUCAGAAGGUGAAGAAAAGAAUGACGCCUCUGAUGAUGAUGAUGAGGAUAAGGAUAAGGAUGAUGAUGGUGGCAGCAGGGACCUCCAGACCCGUGAUGACAUUAAAAGGGAACUGUCCUACAUGUCCUUCGAGGACGUCAUGAAGCUGCAGAACCAAGUGGGAACCAAAGUGUACAACGAGGUGGCCCAUGGCAAAACCACGACCAGGCAGAAGACCACAAAGAUACGACUGAACAAAAACCGGCCAAUGGAGAUCUCAGCGAAGAAACCAGCUCCGUUCUUGCGUCAGGUCGUCUCAGUCCAGAAAACGACGCUGAGAGAUCCCCGGUUUGACGACCUAUCGGGAGAAUACAAACCAGAAAUAUUCGAGAAGACGUACAGAUUCAUCAAUGACAUCAAACAGAAGGAGAAACAGGUCGUCCAGAGGCAGCUGAAGAAGUUGAAGAAGAAGAACAACCAGAAGAAGGAGAAGCUGCAGUUCCUCCUCAAGAGAAUGGAAAACCAGGAGCGAGCGAGGCAGAGUCAAGAGCAGCAGCGAGAGAGAGAGCUGCAGUUCAAGAGGCAGCAGAGAGAACGAGCCAAUCAGGGAGCUCGGCCAUUCUUCCUCAAGAAAUCUGAGAAGAAGAAGCUGCAUUUGGCUGAAAAAUACGAGGAGUUAAAGAAGAGCGGUAAACUGGAGAACUUCCUGAGCAAAAAGAGGAAGAGGAACGCCGGCAAAGAUCGCCGUAAGCUGCCACAGAGGCCGCAGCAGUGCUCAAACACAAUGCAAGGUGUUCACUGACCAGUAGAAGAAUAAAGACAGAAAGAGGACGGUCACUGCAGUGAAUCCCUGAAUGCCUCUACUGCUGACGGACACAUCUGUUAAUUGUACAUAUAGUUUUUCGUUAUUACAAAAUGUUUUGUUUUACAGUUACAGUCGAUGUUCAAUGUGACUUUAGUUUUAUUAAAUAAACCAAACUCUGCUUACACUUUCAAUUUCUGCAAACUUUACAAUCAGACAGUGAUCGGAUUUUGAUGAAACACCCUGAAGCAGGUUUUUAUGAGUCUGAAGGAGAUGAUGUGAUCCAGAUUUAAUGUUCCACGUCAUAGACCACCAGCGGAACAUUAGCAUCUGAUCGCUAAUGAUGUCACACCCUGAUCUGCACAAAAAUCUGGACCAUAUUUGUUGUAUUUCUAAUUUAUAGCAGUUCAUCAGUUUUAAAGAUGAUGAAUAUAUAUAUGCGUUACCUUUGGUUUUAGUCUUAAUAAAAAAAAAAAGAUGAAGUUUUUAAUCAAAUGCAUGUGUUUUUUCAGUCAGUCAAUAGCCUUUGAGCUAACGGAGGCUAACACAAUUGAAUAGAUACAGUGAACUCGUGUUUGUAUCAUUUUUUACUCAGUAAAUCAGAUCUUAACCCUAAACCUAAUAUGAUUUACGAAACUAAAUAUUUGUGAUUUGGACUGAAUCUAAUAUCUACAAUUAUUGAUGAACAUUAAACAGGUCUGUUUAACCCUUAAAGACAAAACUAUCCAUGUAGUCACCUCCAAAUGAAAUAUUUCCAACAUCUAAUCUUUCCUAAGUUAUCACUUCAUUAUUUUAUCCUUUGCAUAUUUCAAUGUAAAUGAUCUAUUUUCCUGUAGUUAAUCCACUGAUCAUGUAGGUGUUCAUUAAAGCUCAGAGUAAAUUCAAAGGUUAUUAUAUCAAAACAGAAAA